AUGAGGUCGCAGCAAGUGAGUGGUCUGAAGAAACUAGUGAAAAUGACCGGGCAACUCCUCUUGUUAGAGCUGGCCACAGAUACUUCCUGCCAGAAACCAGCUUCGCACCUGUUUCGGGACCGAGGCUAUCAAAGUUGUUGUCAAAGUUUCAAUCUUGCGCUCGUUUGUGGUCCCCUGGCCUCGGGAUGUUCCGAACGCCUGUUGCGUUGCCUUCGAAGUCAAAGAAUCCAAAGCACAAAGUGCACCAUUCCAACUGGUGUGCAUUUCAUACAUUUCAUACUGCAUGGCAUCGCCGGCAUCGCUUUGUUGCCCAAGAACCAACUCGGGUGGCAGGGUCGGUGUUCAGCAAACGCAGCGCGAUGA